UAUGUAUGGGAAAAAUGAAAAUGUCAAUAAAUCUAAAAUUCAAUUUUUUUGUUAUAAGUACGUGAAUUUUUAUAAAACCGAUUUUAAAUAUGGAACAUUCUGUGGAGAUACUGAGCAAUAUUUUAUUGCCACCUUGUUUUUGUUAUUUUUGUAAAUUUCAAAUUGGUGCCGAUAUGGAUUUGAGACAGCAUUAUGAAGAGUACCACCGACAUGAAUUUCUUGAAUAUUACCCAAAAGAAAGUGCAGAGCAAUAUCACAAAGAGGUCAGUGAAGAGACUAUGACGCCUGGAUUCCUAGAUAUACUGCCUCAAGGGAAAGCAAAGGCAAAAAAUCGCAGGAAAAAAUUUGAGGAGCAUGAAAAACCUCAUCAGUGCCCUAUAUGUAAGAAAGGUUUCACUCAAAGGUCUUCCUGUUUACGUCAUGUCAAGGAAUUGCAUGAACAGCCCAAAAGUCUGGCAUGUGAUCAGUGCGAAUUAAAAUUUAAUAAUCAAACAAAUUUACGAACACAUCUGAAACGCAUACAUGGUGUAACAUUUGAAGUUUUCAAAUGCCCACACUGUGCUCGUAUAUAUCAUAAACCCUCUUCUCUAUCGCGGCAUCUACUUUCUGCUCACAAUGAUAUAAAGGCAGAGUUAUCACAAGCGACUAAUGGAGAUGUUGGAUACAUGGAGAACGAUCCUCAAUUUCUAGCUGAAAAUGUUCUGCAGGAGCUUAAGCAAUUUCAAAAAGCCAUAGCAGUAACAGAGCACAUCGAAGGUUGUGAAAUAAGCCAAGCUGUUGAAAGUUCCGAGAAUAAAACAGUAAUUACCUCAAUAGAAGAUGCUGUGGUAGAAGAAAUUAUCAUAAAAGAUCGUCUUAAUCCUCAAGAUAUUAUAAUGGAACAUAAAGUGCAAAGAAUCAAAAGAUCAGACGGUUACUAUUACAUUUGUGAAUACUGCAGCAAGGAAUUUCGAAAAAGAUGGAGCUAUAUAAGACAUCAUCGAACACACACAAAAGUUCGCCCCUAUGUCUGUGUAGUGUGCAAAAAAUCUUUUCCCACCCAAAAUGAGCUAAAGCGACAUUGCUCAACACAUAUACUCAGUGAGAAGAAACAGUUUUACCGAUGUCCAAAGUGCAUGAAAAGUUUUUCCACAAUAACUGGAUUUGAUACACAUAUAAGUUCCCAUACACCUGAGAGCUACAUAAGUUUUAAUUGUAAACAAUGUCCCAAAGUAUUCUCCUCACUGAAGAUGUAUUUCAAUCAUAAUCAUGCUGAUCCUGAAUUGGACAUUUUAAAAUCACUACUACCAUCUCCUAUAUGCAUGUUAGAGGGCAAAGAAAGGGAUUAUGUGGAAGAGAAGCAGAAAACAAAUACCGAUUUAAAAUGUGCGCUAUGUGGCCUGGAACAAAUUUCAAUGCAAGCUCUUAAGCAGCAUGAAAAACGUCAUAAUAACCUGCUGAAACAUCAAUGUAUGGUGUGCAAAAGAUUCUAUACUUCCAUGUGUACAUUGCGUGUUCAUGCCAGAAUUCAUCUGAAUAAUCGUAAAUUUAAGUGCAGUCAGUGCAAUAAGAAGUUCCAAACAAAAUACGACCUAAAACGGCAUGAGUUAGUGCACAACAACACCAUAAAAAACUAUAAAUGUCGUUAUUGUGAUCAACAUUUCAAAACCAUAUCGUAUUGCCGCAGUCAUAUGAUGACACAUCUGAAGCAAUUAAUUAAGACUAGUGUUAACGUUGCUAAUAAAAAAGAAGCCACAGAACUCCCCCAACAGCAGGUUGUCUUACAGGCAGUGGUACAAAACAACAAUAAUUUGGAAAUUGUCAUAAAAAACAUGACCAUGCAAAAGAAACCGAAAAGGCCAAGGCAACCCAAAGCACUAGAGGAUUUCGUCUGCAUAAAGUGUGGACAAAAAUUUCGUUAUCAAGCAUGGCUUAGAAAACAUAUGAUUGAAAGUCAUUCAACAGAUAAGCCUUUCCAAUGCGAAACUUGCUUUAAAGCUUUUAAAAAAAUGUCUACAUUAAAACAUCACAUUUUGACACAUGCGAAUCAAGAGGAGCAGGCAAAGCCAACAUGUCAAGUGUGUGGCAAGUUAUAUGCCAAUCAAAAAUCGUUACGAGUACACCUGCGCAUACACACCGAAGAGAAACGCUUUAAGUGCAGCUUGGAUUCAUCGUGUACGGCUGCGUUUAGAACAUCUGGCCAUUUGGCAAGCCAUCAAAAAUCAAAACAUCAUUUAAAUACGUAAUAUAUACAUAUACAUAUAUUUUUAAAAUUCAUUGCUUUACAAUAUAAAUAAUAUAUUAUUUAUUUUAUUAUGAACAGAAUAAAAAAAAAAAAACAUUUUCAAUGCAAUUCAUUAAA